CCACCACCACCACCACGACCACCAGCUCCUCCUCUCGAGAGACAGUCAGUAGCCAUGGCGACGUCAAUGCUGCUGCUGUGCGUGGCGGCGGCGGCGGCCGUGUGUUCCAUGGCGCCGGCGGUGGCGGCGGCCGGGUUCUACGACAAGUUCGACGUGGUGGGGGCGCGGGACCACGUGCGGGUGCUGAGCGACGACGGGAAGUCGCAGCAGGUGGCGCUGACGCUGGACCGGAGCUCCGGGUCCGGGUUCACCUCCAAGGACACCUACCUGUUCGGCGAGUUCAGCGUGCAGAUGAAGCUCGUCGGCGGCAACUCCGCCGGCACCGUCACCUCCUUCUACCUCUCCUCCGGCGAGGGCGAGGGCCACGACGAGAUCGACAUCGAGUUCAUGGGCAACCUCAGCGGCGACCCCUACGUGAUGAACACCAACGUCUGGGCCAACGGCGACGGCAAGAAGGAGCACCAGUUCUACCUCUGGUUCGACCCCACCGCCGACUACCACGUCUACAAGAUCAUCUGGAACCCCAAGAACAUCAUAUUCCAGGUGGACGACGUGCCGGUGAGGACGUUCAAGAAGUACGACGACCUGGCGUACCCGCAGAGCAAGCCGAUGAGGCUGCACGCGACGCUGUGGGACGGCAGCUACUGGGCGACGCGGCACGGCGACGUGAAGAUCGACUGGAGCGGCGCGCCGUUCGUGGUGUCGUACCGCGGCUACAGCGCCAACGCCUGCGUGAACAACAACCCCGCCGGCGGGUGGUCGUCUUCGUGGUGCCCCGAGGGCACGGCGGCCUGGAUCAGCCGCGAGCUCGACGGCGCCGGCCUCGGCACCGUCGCCUGGGCCGAGCGCAACUACAUGUCCUACAACUACUGCGCCGACGGCUGGCGCUUCCCCCAGGGCUUCCCCGCCGAGUGCUCCCGCAACUAAACCAAAACCAACUCCAUCCGCCAAUCCGCCAUUGAUGAGUUCUUGAAGCAUUUGUAAUUGCCGCGCGCUCUUCUUGUUCGUCUUGCUCCAUGUACAUUUUGCCAUGCCCAUUCGUUCCCCCAUUUUCUUACUGUUACAGACAUACAGGUUGAUGGUGAA